AUGAAAAGUCGUGAAUCAACUCCAUUCCCGUUGAUGAAAAGUCGUGAGUCAACUGCUUUUCUCCAGAGGAAAAGUCGUGAGUCAACUGCUUUUCUGCAGAGGAACAGUCGUGAGUCAACUGCUUUUCUGCAGAGGAAAAGUCGUAGGAAAAAUCGUGAGUCAACUCCUAUCCCGCAAUGGAGAGAACGUGAGUCAACACCAUUCCUGCAGCGGAAAAGUCUUGAAUCAACACCUUUCCCGGAAAAGAAAAGUCGUGAGGCAACUCCUAUCCCGCAGAGGAAAAUCCGUGUGUCAACUCCUUUCCCGCAGAGGAAAGUCGUCAGUCAAAUCCUGUCCCGCAAUGGAAUAGACGCGAGACAACUCCUUUCCCGUCUGUUCAUAUCUACCUUAUUCUGUUCAUAUCUAUCUAUUUAUCGAUAUAUCUUUCUCUGUCCAUAUCUAUCUAUCUAUCUAUCUAUCUAUCUCGGUCUGUUCGUAUCUAUAUAUCUAUCAAUCGCAGCUUCUGUUCCUAUCUAUACUAUCUCUCUCUCUCUCUUUCUCUAUAUAUCUAUCUCACAAUCUCAGCCUCUAUUAUCUAUAUCUAUCUAUCUAUCUAUCUAUCUAUCUAUCUAUCUCAGACUCUUCUGUUCCUAUCUAUACUAUCUCUCACUCUCUCUCUCUCUAUCUCAUUUCAUAUCUAUCUAUCUAUCUAUCUAUCUAUCUAAUUCAGUUUCUUCCUAUCUAGCUAUCUUGCUGUUCAUAUCUAUCAUGGUAUUCUCUGUUCAUAUUACCCCUCUCUCUCUCUCUCUCUCUCUCUCUCUCUCUUUUAUCUCUCUCUCUCUAUCUAUCUAUCUAUCUAUCUAUGUAAGUCAGUAUCUGUUUAUAUUUAAAUCUAUGCCAUUCUGUUCCUAUCUAUAUAUCUAUCUAUCUAUAUAUCUAUCUAUAUAUCUAUCUCUGCUUCUCUUCAUAUCUAUCUAUCUGUGCUUCAAUUUAAUAUACUUUGAUUUUUUUUUUCAGAAAACCUGUUAUUCUCUUUAG